UGUUGCAAAAUAUGCUUUUUUAUUUUGAGAGCGAGUCCAGUUCGCGACCCUCGGGAUUAUACCUGUUGGAGGGAUGUGUGUGUGACAGGGCGCCCUCACCCAAACCUUCACUGUCAGCCAAGGAGUGCUUAGAAAAACAGUCGCCGCUCGUCAUCCCGCCCUAGCCUGCUGAAAUUCGGUGUGGGAGUUCGGCAGGAUCGCUGUGAGUGCUGCGACUCUGCUGGCUGCGAGUCAUUCAAGUUUGCCGACUGUUCCUCUGUCCAGCCUGCCGGCUGUGGCUAUCCCAAGCCCGCCGGCUGCUCGUCAGUCAAGUUUGCUGGCCGCUACAAAGUCAAGCCUGCCGGUCGUGGCUCUUUCCAGCCCACCGGCCGCGGCUCACUCAAGCCCGCCGGCUGCGGCUCACUUCAGCUCCAAAGUUCGCUCCAGUGUCCUGACCAAGAGUCCAGUGCAGGCUCCAGCCCCUGACCAGAGUCAAGUCAUGUCCCCUGAAGCCAUAUUUUAAAAUCUUGUCGUGUCCAUAGGAACAGUUUCAGUCUUGUCUUGUCCGUGGAUGCUCAUCUGGGGCAGGCGGCUUCUCUAGUCAUGGAGGCCAUUCCCAAGCAGCCUGCUUCUCCUGUUGCUGAUAUGGAAGCGGUUCCUGAGUAACCCUGAGAGGGCCCCCGACUCCGCGUCCAGCCCAAGGAGGGCUGUUGUUCUCCCGUCAUGCCCAGACAGGGCCUCAGCGUCCGAGCUUAGCCCAGGAAGGGCUCCUGUUCCUGAGUUUAGCCCAUGGAGGGCUCUUGUUCCUGAGUUUUGCCCGCGGAGGGCUCAUGUUCCUGAGUUUAGCCCUAAUUUCUCCCCAAGUUAUUUUGGGUGGGGGGGCUAAGAGGAUCCGGUCGUAGAGGCCGGGGCGAAGGAUGAGGCCACAGCCAUGAAGACCGCCUGCCAUGGCCUCCUGAGCUCCCUGCCCCGACAUGGCUCCGUAGUCCCCUGAUGCGUCCUGGAGGCCUCCCCUGUGUCUGUCCUGAGGGGCCUCCAGAGUGCCCACUCACCCCCUCCCAGUUGGAUGUUAGGAGGUGCGGGGACGCGCCUUCCGGGAGGGUGGAGUACUGUCAGACCUGUGUCCUGUCUUGUCUUGUGGUUUUUUUUGUCUCGUGCUCCCCUUGACUUAGUUUUCCCUCAUGUAUGCCCAUAUUUGGUCCUUCCUGUUCUCGUUUAGUCAAAUUUAGUCCCACCUGUUUCAGUUCUCCCUGAUUAUAUUCAUUCCACCUGUGUUUGUUAAUCACCUAGUGUAUUUUAGCCCUGUGUUUCCCUGUCUUGUGUGCCCGGUAUUAACGUCGAUGUCGUGUUCCUGUGUGUCUCUGCCUGUUCUGUGUUCCCUGGAUUUUGAGUUUGGAUUAUUAAAGGAUUGUUUGUUAAGUUUAUCCUCGUCUCCUCUAUUCCUGUGUGUGCUUAUCGUGACAGUGGUCUUGUAUUAUACAUAUAAAAUUUUAAAUAAAUGCUGUUGUUUUUUUUUUUUUCUAUAUCAAAAAUGAAUAAAAAAAAUGUAGCAAGGUUUCAGUAAGUUAAGCAAUUUUAACAUUGAUGAUAAAUAUUUCUUGAGCACAAAAUCAGCAUAUUAGAAUGACUUCUGAAGGAUCAUGUGACACUGAAGACUGGAGUAAUGAUGCUGAAAAGCUCAAUGAAUGAAAAACACAGAUAAUAAAAUUAAUAAAAAAAAUAGAACAAGUAAAUAAUGAAUAACAAUAUAUAAAUUGACAAUUGUAUGUACAGGUAUGUAACAAUAGACAGUUGUAUGUACAGUUAUAUUAUGUGCAAUCUGAAAUGUAGACUAAGUAUGUGUGUUAGAUGUAUAAGUGUAUAAAUAGUGUUCCACGAUUAUUGUCAAGUGUUCGUGAGAUGGAUUGCCUGAGGAAAGAAACUGUUUCUGUGCCAGGCCGUUCUGGUGCUUAGAGCUCUGUAGCGUCGACCAGACGGCAACAGUUCAGAGAGGGAGUGUGCUGGAUGUGAGGGGUACAAAGUGAUUUUGCCAGCCCUUUUGCUCACUCUGGAUGAGUGCAGUUCUUGGAGACUGGGGAGGGUUGUACCAAUGAUUCGCUUAGCAGUCCGGACUACCCUCUCUAGUCUUCUGAGGUCAGAUUUUUUAGCUGAGCUGAACCAGACAGUUAUUGAAGUGCAGAGGAUGUAUUCAAUGAUGGUGGAGUAGAACUCUUUCAGCAGCUCCUGUGGCAGGUUGAACUUCCUCAGUUGAAGAAGGAAGUACAACCUCUGCUGGGCCUUUUUAACAAUGGAGUCUGUGAAUGUCCCACUUCAGGUCCUGGGAGAUGGUGCUGCCCAGGAACCUGAAUGACUCCACUGUCGUUACAGUGCUGUUCAUGAUGGUGAGUGGGGGGAGAGCAGGGGGGUUUCUCCUGAAGUCCAUGGUCAUCUCCACUGUUUUAGCUUGUUGAGCUCCAGGUUGUUAAGACUGCACCAGACAGCCAGCUCCUUAACCACCUGUCUGUAAGCAGACUCGUCACCGUCCUGAAUGAGGCCGAUAAGUGUGGUGUCGUCUGCAAACUUCAGGAGCUUGACAGAGGGGUCUUUAGAUGCGGUGUAGAGGGAGAAGACGCAACCCUGAGGAGCUCCAGUGCUGAUCGUACGGGUGCAGGAUGAGAAUUUUCCCAGCCUCACUAGCUGCUGUCUGUCUGUCAGGAAGCUGGUGAUCCACUGACAGAUGGAGGUGGGCACAGAGAGCUGAGUUAGUUUGGGCAGGAGGAGGUUUGGAAUGAUAGUGUUAAAGGCCGAGCUGAAGUCCACAAACAGGAUCCUCACAUAAGUCCCUGGUCUGUCUAGAUGUUGCAGAACAUAAUGCAGUCCCAUGUUGACUGCAUCAUCCACAGACCUGUUUGCUCUGUAGGCAAACUGAAGAGGAUCCAGCAAGCGUCCAUUAAUGUCCUUCAGGUGGGCCAGCACCAGUUUUUCAAAAGACUUUAUGACCACAGAUGUUAGAGCCACAGGCCUGUAGUCAUUUAGUCCUGUAAUUUUGGAUUUCUUUGGGAUGGGGAUGAUGGUGGGGCGUUUAAAGCAUGAAGGGACUUCGCACAGUUCCAGUGAUCUGUUGAAGAACUGUGUGAAGAUGGGGGCCAGCUGGUCAGCACAGGAUUUCAGACAGACUGGUGUAACACAAUCUGGGCCUGGUGCUUUUUUCCUUUUCUGCUUCCGGAAGACCAGGUGCACAUCGUCUUCGCUGAUCUGAAGUGCAGUAUUAUUUCACAGUCAGCUUCAACCAUGAGAAUCAGAAGGCUCUGGAGCUUCGUACAGAAGAUGUUAAGGACUGCGAUGAAUGGGUGGCAGCAAUAUCACAUGCCAACUACAGAAACCUGGCCACCGAGCAUGAAACGCUCAUGCAGAAGUACCUCCAUCUACUCCAAAUCGUGGAGACCGAGAAAACAGUUGCUAAGCAACUUCGACAACAGAUAGAAGAUGGGGAGAUUGAGAUUGAACGUCUAAAAUCAGAGAUUGCAGCAAUGCUCAAAGACAAUGAGAAGAUUCAGUCGAAUCCCACCACUGCACCUAGUGAUGAUGAUUCAGAAAUCAAGAAAAUCAAGAAAGUGCAAAGCUUCCUGAGGGGCUGGAUGUGUCGGCGAAAGUGGAAGACCAUCAUUCAAGACUACAUCCGUUCGCCACAUGCAGAGAGCAUGAGGAAGAGGAACCAAGUCGUCUUUAGCAUGCUGGAAGCAGAGGCUGAAUACGUCCAGCAGCUCCACAUCCUUGUCAACAACUUCUUGAGACCGCUUCGCAUGGCUGCCAGUUCCAAGAAACCACCCAUAACUCAUGAUGAUGUCAGCAGCAUAUUCCUCAACAGCGAAACCAUAAUGUUUCUGCAUCAGAUAUUCUACCAAGGGUUGAAAGCUCGAAUAGCAAGCUGGCCAACAUUAGUCUUGGCCGACCUAUUUGACAUCCUGUUGCCCAUGCUGAACAUCUACCAGGAGUUUGUACGUAACCACCAGUACAGUUUGCAGAUCUUGGCCCACUGCAAGCAGAAUCGCGACUUCGACAAGCUGCUUAAACAGUAUGAAGCCAAGCCUGACUGUGAGGAGCGCACACUGGAGACGUUCCUCACUUACCCCAUGUUCCAGAUUCCUCGUUACAUACUGACCCUCCAUGAGCUGUUAGCACAUACACCGCAUGAGCAUGUGGAGAGAAACAGCCUGGAUUACGCCAAGUCAAAGCUGGAGGAGCUUUCCAGAAUCAUGCACGAUGAGGUUAGCGAGACGGAGAACAUUAGGAAGAACCUCGCUAUCGAGCGUAUGAUCGUGGAGGGCUGUGAGAUUCUCCUAGACACCAGCCAGACCUUUGUCAGACAAGGAUCUCUGAUACAAGUGCCCAUGAGUGAGAAGGGCAAGAUCACCCGUGGCCGACUGGGCUCCCUGUCUCUGAAGAAGGAGGGAGAGAGGCAGUGUUUCCUCUUCUCUAAACAUCUGAUCAUCUGCACUAGAGGCUCUGGAGGAAAACUACACCUCACCAAGAAUGGAGUAGUGUCUCUCAUUGACUGCACACUGAUAGAGGAACCAGAGGGCACAGAUGACGAGUCCAAGUCAGACAAGAGCGGUCAGGACAUGGAGCACCUGGAUUUUAAGAUUGUGGUGGAGCCCAAAGACAGCCAGUCCUUCACCAUCAUCCUGGUGGCCUCCUCACGGCAAGAGAAGUCAGCCUGGACCAGUGACAUCAGCCAGUGCAUAGAUAAUAUUCGGUGUAAUGGGCUGAUGAUGAACGCCUUUGAGGAGAACUCUAAAGUCACUGUGCCCCAGAUGAUCAAGUCUGAUGCCAGUUUGUACUGUGAUGACGUGGAUAUCCGCUUCAGUAAGAUGAUGAACUCCUGCAAGGUGUUGCAGAUCCGUUACGCCAGCGUGGAACGCCUGCUGGAGAGGUUGACCGACCUGCGCUUCCUCUCCAUCGACUUCCUCAACACCUUCCUGCACUCCUACCGUGUGUUUACCAGUGCAGACGUAGUCCUUGACAAACUCAUCACCAUAUACAAGAGGCCUAUCAGCGCCAUACCAGCCCGAUCCCUGGAGCUGUUUUUCGCAAGCAGCCAGAACAACAAGCUCCUCUACGGAGAGCCACCGAAGUCGCCCCGUGCCAGCCGCAAGUUCUCCUCCCCACCCCCGCUAGCCAUCACCAAGACCUCGUCCCCCAACCGCCGCCGCAAACUGUCCCUCAACAUCCCCAUCAUCACCGGUGGGAAGGCUCUGGACCUGGCUGCCCUUAGCUGUUCCUCCAAUGGCUAUGCAAGCAUGUACUCCUCCAUGUCCCCUUUCAGCAAGACCACGCUGGACAUUAACAAGCUCUACGUGUCCAGCCCCAUCACCAGCAAGAUUCCUGACGAUGGCGAAGGCAAGACGGACAAGGCUGAUGAGGUUUCGCCGUGCAAACAGGACAUUUCGGUGAGGGAGGAAAACGACAACGAUCAGAUCCAGAGUGACGAGGCAGAGGCUGAAGUGUCGCCCACCAAAUCACCCACCACUCCCAAAAACGUCAAAUGCAAAAACUCCUCAGAAUUCUCUCUGUUCUCAUACAAUAAUGGCAUGGUGAUGUCGUCCUGUCGGGAGCUGGAUAACAACCGUAGCGCCUUGUCUGCCGCUUCUGCCUUCGCCAUUGCCACUGCUGGUGCCAACGAGGGCACGCCAACCAAGGAGAAGUACCGCCGCAUGUCUCUGGCAAGCACAGGGUUCCCCACGGAUCAGAGGAACGGAGAUAAGGAGUUUGUGAUUCGUCGAGCAGCAACUAACAGAGUUCUCAAUGUCCUCAGGCACUGGGUGUCCAAACACUCACAGGACUUUGAAACCAACACUGAGCUCAAAAUGAAAGUGAUUAGUUUCCUGGAGGAAGUGAUGCAUGACCCUGAACUUCUGACCCAAGAAAGGAAAGCCGCUGCCAACAUCAUAAGGACAUUGACACAGGAGGAUCCUGGUGACAAUCAGAUCUCUCUGGAGGAGGUGCUGCAGAUGGCGGAGGGAGGAAAGUCAGAGCCUUUCGAGAAUCAUUCGGCUCUGGAGAUCGCAGAACAGCUCACCCUGCUGGACCACCUUGUUUUCAAAGUCAUACCAUAUGAGGAGUUUUUUGGUCAAGGAUGGAUGAAGAACGAUAAAAAUGAGAAGACACCUUACAUCAUGAAAACGACAAAACACUUCAAUGAUAUCAGUAACCUGAUUGCUACAGAGAUCCUGCAAAGUGAGGAUGUGAAUAUACGGGUAGCAGUGAUGGAGAAGUGGGUGGCGGUGGCCGAUAUCUGCCGCUGUCUCCAUAACUACAAUGCCGUGCUGGAAAUCACCUCAUCCCUCAAUCGCAGCUCCAUCUUCCGUCUGAAGAAGACCUGGCUCAAAGUGUCCAAACAGACUAAAACAGUCAUUGACAAGCUGCAGAAGUUGGUCUCAUCUGAAGGAAGAUUCAAGAACCUCAGAGAGGCCUUAAAAAAUUGUGACCCUCCCUGUGUGCCAUAUUUGGGAAUGUACCUCACUGACUUGGCCUUUAUUGAGGAGGGGACGCCAAACUACACAGAGGACAACCUGGUCAAUUUUUCCAAAAUGAGAAUGAUCUCCCACAUCAUCCGAGAAAUCAGGCAGUUUCAGCAAACGGCAUACAAGAUUGAUUACCAGCCAAAGGCAGCACUGUAUUUACUGGACAGAAGCUCAGUAAUGGAUGAAGAAGGCCUGUAUGAAGCCUCUCUCAGAAUUGAGCCUAAAGUGCCAACUGAGAGAGGCUCUGCCUAACGUCGACAAUGUACAGACACCACGCUCUCUACAGUAUACAUCCAUGUGUUCUGUUAUGUAACAUGAUUAUUACUCCUGGAUGUGUUUCCUUGUUUUUUAGUCGUAACCAAAUGUUGCCUAAUUGUUUCAGAUCUUUCACCGAGAACUUACCUGUUGAUUUCAGCCUUUGUUCUUUAGGGAAUCAUAUUUUUUUCCAAAUCCAAAGUAUGCUUUUAACAGUACUUAAAACAGGAUAUAAUCCUAGUUCAAGGUGUGGUUGUCUCUUUAAUUGAUUAGGCUCAUCCACAUCACUUUAAUGAAAUAUGAAAAGCCGGCAGGAGCAUUUUGAGAUUUUAAUAGAUGCAUGUAACUAAUUAACAGUAUAUGCAUACCAUGUAGCAAUGUGGAAAGCUGAUAUAUUCCAAGCAUAUAGAAACACUUAUACUGUUAUACUACUAUAUUCCAUGUCACUGUACUUAGCAGAACCAACUCCAGCAUUUUACAUCUAUUUGUUGCGAUAAAUAACAUCCAUCCCUUGAUUUCUCAAAGGGUUGGUUGGAAAUGCCUAAACUGCCAUGACAUUUUUUAAUAAUUUUGGCAUGACUUAAUAAAGCAGACAGUGAAGAGCUUGGUAAUUAUAUUACAUAAAAAAAAGACUUAGAAUAUGUCUCCUAUUGGCCAAUAAGGAUUUUGAUUCUUGCAUGCAAAGUUUAUUUUGCAGAAAUCUUUUUUUUUUUUUUUUUUAUGAUUUCCUCACCUCAAAAAAAUUAGACUAUUUCUUCAUAAAAAGAAGGAAAAUCUGCAUUAUAUUUUUUGAAACUGGUCGUUUUGUGAUUGUUUACCCAUGUAAUGUUUCCGUUGCUCACAGCCACAUUUCUUAGCAUUUUGGUAAAAAGUUAUUCUGGGUUCAACACUAUCCUUCUACACCAGAGUAUCCAGCUAUUGUACAUUUACAGACAAUCUAUGUCCUUCUUGCUGUUCCAGUGAUUGUGGAACGUGACUGAAUAUCACUUUGUAAAAUGCAUUGUCGUUUAAGAGUAUGAUCAAAAGUGAAUGACCUUCCCGCUUGCAGCAUACAAAAGGUAUUUUUGUAGUCCUAGAAUAAAGACGUAGGGUUCUGCAUCCUUACCUAAAAAGAAAGAAAAGAAAAAAAAACAACCGUAGAAACAUUUUUGUACAAACAUUGUCAACUCGCCACACAGAAAAGUAUUCUGUAUAUUUUGUACAUGCAGCCCUAUGUAUUUCUUAACAUACUAGUUUAAAGCACACCUCUUUAAAGCGUUGUAUCCUAUGCUUACACACUCAAUGCUAUAUGAUUUGUGAUUUUGAAACCAUGAUCUAGAGGUAGAGGACUUUAAAGUGUUUUUGCAUAUACUGUAAUCCUGUCUAUAAUCAUUCUCUUAGCAGGAAUAUAGUAAUGUAGUGCUUAUUCUGUGAAUAUUUGUAUGUAUUUUUACUAUGUACAGUCUGGAAACACACUAAACGCUCAUGUGGCAGGCAUGCAACACUGUAUCAGCCAGAAACUUUAAAAGGAGAAUAUAUAUAUAUAUAUAUAUAUAUAUAUAUAUAUAUAUAUAGAUCUAUAUACAUACUGUAUACACAUCUAUGUGCACAUACUCUUAUAAAUGAUAUAUAAACAUACAAACAAACAUUUUGCUGUUAGCAAUACCCAGUGGUAUGAGAAUUAUCUUUCAACCCUUAAGUUUAUUUCCACGGCUCGGGAAAUAUUUCCAGUUUUUGUACAAAAAAGAAAAAAGAAAUGAACAGAAAAGAAAAAGAAAGAAAAUUAAACAAACUGUAUGUUUCCUGAUUACCUCUUGCUAAUAAAUCUAUUCUAUCU